AUGAAAGAGAAUGGUAUAUAUGUUAUUCAUGUAAGAGCGCAAGAGCGAGCACCCCACGGCCUUGCUUACCAGUACCCAUCAGCGUUGUCUCCUAGAGCGUAUGACUUCUUUCACCCUAACGCUCAUAGAGACUCCUGUACUAAAUCAAACUGUGCACCAAUUCCAUUAGCAGCUCAAGUGCAUGAAGCACAAUCAGAAGCAGCAGCAGCAGCAGCAGCACCACGUACAACUACUCUUGGUGCGGGUAUGAUUGCCGGUCCUGCUUUUGCAGCCAUUAUCAUUCUUUGCCUCGCAAUGGGCAUCUACUACGUCGCAAAGACUCGUUACACAAAUCUCAAUCGUACUAAAUCAGUUCAACCAGAUGUUUAA